AGGGUUAUUAAUUGUGUGAGGCGGAGAUGGCGGCGGCUGGGGUGGCGUCACUGGUACUCCCGGCCGCCACCACCAAGCAUCAUCCCCCGCGCUCCUCAACCUCUCCUCCUCUAAACCGCCACCAUGAGUAAGGCACAUCCUCCAGAGCUCAAGAAGUACAUGGACAAGCGAGUGACUACAAAACUCAAUGGAGGACGUGUGGUUGAGGGCACACUACGAGGAUUUGAUCCUUUCAUGAAUCUCGUGGUUGAUGAUGGCGUGGAAAUCCGCAAAACUGGAGAUCGUGUCAGGAUUGGCGUUGUUGUAAUCCGGGGCAGCAGUAUUAUUAUGCUUGAGGCACUAGAUCGCAUAUCUUAAGUGAUGUACAGUAUUCAUGAUAGGUCCAUUCUAUACUUAUUUUUCUUUCAUUUCUUUCCAAGAGCUUUUGAAGUUUUCUAUAUGAACGAGUGAAGAUAAAUUGCAUUCAUAGUUUUUAAGUUCUUUAAAUAAAAAUAAAUACAAA